GCCUAGGUGUUUGUCUUAGUUGAACAUGGACAUUAUGAUUCAGAUUCCCUGAGGAAAAUCAGAUAGUCCUGUCCAGAUACCCUAAUAGAUAUGCCUGGACUCCUUGUGUCACGCUGUAUAGGCUCUUUUAUAGCCCAAUUGUCACCUGUGGUCAUAGCAGACGUACAGCAAGUGCUAUUCACUGUAAAGUUGUUCUGUGUAGCCUGCUGCUGCUGCUGCUGCCGCAUAUAAAUUGACUAACCUGCAUCAGGUGCUUGUACUGUUAUAACGUCGAGGGAUAGCCUACUUCAGCAGUGGCCUUUCAUAAGCUGCAAUUUAUUUGAUGAAUGUUUGGUUAGCUGGUGUGGAUUGACUUGUUAGUGGGUAGUUGAUUCUAUGCUCAUCGAAUGUAUUUUGCUGCUUCAAACCGAGGAUUAUGCGGAUUUGGCGUUGAGGGAUUAUCUGAACUGGAAAACCAGCCGACCCAGAAUAAAGAAAUAAUGUUCUGCACCUGGGUCGAAGCUGAAACGGACGGUCUUCCUCGCGUUAACCUCUGCGAGUGGCCAGAAAUGAGUCAGCUCAGGGCACUGGCUGGUGCGCUAAGGGGAGGGAGCUUUUGGUUAAGAGGGCGAAUAGGGGUAGGGGGGAGAUACAACCCCUGCCGUGGCUGUUCCUCGGGGGCUGUCGAGCCCUCUCUAGCAUUAUGCAGCUCCAGCUAUGUGGAGGAAAUGUACUAUGCUUGGCUGGAGGAUCAUAAGAAUGUCCAUGAGUCCUGGGAUGCAUACUUCCGUAAUGCUCAAGCCUCUACAUCUGUAGGGAAAACAGAGGCUAGACGCCCUUCCUCUCUACUACAGGGCAGAGCGAUGUCUCAGACCCCUGCAAUGUCCCAAAAGGUGGUGGAGGACCACUUGGCUGUCCACACUCUCAUCAGAGCAUAUCAGGUCCGCGGUCAUCAUGCGGCACAGCUGGACCCGCUUGGAAUUCUUGAGGCUGACUUAGAUUCUUUUGUCCCCUCAGAUUUAAUUACCACCAUUGACAAACUAGGGAUUUAUGGUCUUGAGGAGUCCGAUCUGGACAAGACUUUCCAGUUGCCUUCAACAACAUUUAUUGGGGGCGGUGAGACAACACUACCACUCCGGGAGAUCAUCCGUAGGUUAGAGACAGCUUACUGUGGUCAUAUUGGAGUAGAGUACAUGUUCAUCAAUAAUGUGGAGCAGUGUCAGUGGAUCCGGCAAAAGUUUGAAAUGCCAGGAGUUAUGCGGUUCACUAACUCUGAGAAGAGAACUCUUCUGGCCCGGCUGGUCAGAUCUACACGUUUUGAAGACUUCCUUGCUCGAAAAUGGUCCUCAGAGAAGCGCUUUGGUUUGGAAGGCUGUGAAGUUCUCAUACCUGCUCUGAAGAUGAUGAUUGAUAAGUCAAGUGAGGCUGGUAUUGACACAGUGAUUAUGGGCAUGCCCCACCGGGGUCGACUUAAUGUCUUGGCCAAUGUUGUGCGUAAAGACUUGGAUCAGAUCUUUUGCCAGUUUGAUCCUAAACUUGAGGCUGCUGAUGAGGGCUCAGGGGAUGUGAAGUACCACCUUGGCAUGUACCAUGAGCGUAUCAACCGUGAGACAGACAAGAAUAUCACACUGUCUCUAAUGGCCAACCCCUCUCACCUGGAGGCUGUGGACCCAGUGGUACAGGGCAAGACCAAAGCAGAGCAGUUCUACUCUGGAGACACAGAGGGCAAAAAGGUAAUGUCCAUCCUAAUACAUGGUGAUGCAGCUUUUGCUGGCCAGGGUGUUGUGUACGAGACAUUCCACCUCAGUGAACUUCCUUCGUACACCACUCACGGAACCAUACACGUAGUGGUCAAUAACCAGAUUGGCUUCACUACAGACCCCAGAAUGGCACGUUCAUCACCCUAUCCUACAGACGUGGCUCGUGUCGUCAAUGCACCCAUUUUCCAUGUGAAUGCAGAUGACCCUGAAGCCGUGAUGUAUGUGUGUAGGGUGGCAGCUGAAUGGAGGAGCACAUUCAAUAAGGAUGUUGUCAUAGAUUUGGUGUGUUACAGACGCUUUGGUCACAAUGAAAUGGAUGAGCCAAUGUUCACACAACCUCUUAUGUACAAGCAGAUCCGUCGGCAGCAACAUGUUCUGAAGAAAUACUCUGACAAACUCAUUUCUGAAGGGGUGGUGACACUGCAGGAGUUUGAGGAGGAAGUCGCCAAAUAUGACAAGAUCUGUGAAGAGGCUUACACAAGCUCCAAAGAUGAGAAGAUUCUGCAUAUUCGCCACUGGCUGGAUUCUCCAUGGCCUGAUUUCUUCACGGCCGAGGGGGAGCCCCGCAGCAUGAGCUGCCCUGCUACAGGUUUAGGGGAGGAGGUUUUGCAGCACAUUGGCCAGACAGCAAGCUCUGUGCCACUUGAGGAUUUUUUCAUUCACCCUGGGGUGUCCCGUAUCCUGCGUGGCAGGGCGGACAUGGUGCAGAAGCGCCAAGUGGACUGGGCACUGGGGGAGUACAUGGCCUUUGGUUCACUGCUCAAGGAUGGCAUCCAUGUCCGACUCAGUGGCCAGGAUGUCGAGAGAGGUACUUUCAGUCACCGUCAUCAUGUUCUCCAUGAUCAGGAAGUUGAUAAGCGUAUAUGUGUCCCAAUGAACCAUCUAUGGCAAAACCAGGCCCCUUACACUGUGUGCAACAGUUCCCUAUCUGAGUAUGGAGUACUUGGCUUUGAACUUGGAUUUGCUAUGGCGAGUCCUAAUGCAUUGGUGUGCUGGGAGGCUCAGUUUGGGGAUUUUUACAACACAGCCCAAUGCAUCAUAGACCAGUUCAUCAGCCCUGGUCAAGCCAAAUGGGUCCGUCACAAUGGCAUAGUGCUGUUGUUGCCCCAUGGCAUGGAGGGUAUGGGCCCAGAGCACUCAUCAGCACGGCCUGAGCGCUUUCUACAGAUGAGCAAGGAUGACCCCGACCGCUACCCUGAAAUCACUGGAGACUUUGAGGUACAGCAGCUUUAUGACUGUAAUUGGAUAGUGGUCAAUUGUUCAACACCUGCCAAUUACUUUCAUGUGCUAAGGAGGCAGAUUCUGUUACCAUUUAGAAAACCACUUAUUAUUUUCACUCCCAAAUCCUUGUUAAGGCACCCUGAUGCCAGAUCCAGCUUUGAUGACAUGAGCUCAGGCACCAAGUUCCGUAGGAUUAUUCCAGAUGCUGGACCGGCCUCUCAAACCCCAGAAGAGGUGAAGAGAGUGAUCUUCUGCACAGGGAAAGUCUACUAUGAAUUGGCCAAAGAGAGAAAAAAGCACAAUCUAGAGAGCCAUGUAGCCAUUGUUCGACUUGAACAGAUAUCUCCUUUCCCUUUUGACCUCAUCAAAGCUGAGGUUGAGAAAUACGGAAAAGCGGAGCUAAUAUGGUGCCAAGAGGAGCAUAAGAACAUGGGCUACUAUGAUUAUGUCCGGCCACGUUUCCUCACUGUUCUAUCAAACAAGAAGCCAAUAUGGUAUGUUGGCCGUGACCCUGCUGCAGCUCCUGCCACAGGUAAUAAGGUCACCCACCUGGCUGAGCUGAAAAGGUUCAUGGAUACCGCGUUUAACCUGAAGGCUUUUAAGGGCAGGAGUUUUUAAUACCCUGAGCACAUAUCAGCAUCAACGCACAAUGUAGACUCAACAAUCAACAUCAUCUAACAUUUUUAGCCGCUCUUGAACUUUGGGUAACUCUUUCACUCAAUGUACAAUAAAGUAUGCAAACCAACCAUUAA